AUGUCCGACCAAGACAUUCAUCCAAAUAAAUACAGCGAACUGCGAAGUAUCAAUAAAUACUACAUUGAUUCAUAUAUUUCAUUGUAUCAGCUGAAAACGGACAAAGAAGGAGAAUUAAAAGAUAUUUACAAAAUGAUCAAAACAGAAUUGAUUGAAUCUCAGAAACUUUGUCCGCAAUUUAUUAUACGAGAUAUCUUAAAUAUCAUUCCGUAUAAUAAUCGCUAUACAAAGUCAUAUUUAUCUCUUGCCAAACUCAUAUCUGAUGAUUAUCAUGUAGAAGAGGUCAAUUUUGUUAAACGUAUUUCAAACUACCUGUUUUAUGUAGAAUACGGAAUUCAAUUAGACAAAUCUGGUGAUUUUUUUGAAUUUAACUUUGAAGAUCUGAAUAUUCAUUCAGAAAAUACAAUUAUGUAUAAUGACUUAGAAAUAUUCAUACAAUUCACCGAAAGAAAUGGAUUUGAUAAAAAUCAAAGCCUUGACAAUUGUUUAUAUCCAUAUUCUUACAUAGGAUAUUCAUUACUUGAGUUAUGUUGUUACCAUGGAGCAGUUGAUUUUCUCAAGUUAUUAAGAUCAAAAUUCAGUUCAGAAAUAACUAAAAAAUGUCUAAAUUUAUCAUUUUUAGGAGGUAAUCAAGAGAUCAUGAGUGAAUGUUUGAAAUAUCAAACACCAGAUUAUGAAUGCAUGGAAUAUGCAAUUAUUUCACACAACAUUGAUUUUGUUACAUUCUUGAUGAAUGAAUACAAUAUAGAGAUCAAUUUAUUUUAUUGUGCACGGUAUAAUAAUCUUGAGCCAUUUUUAAUUUAUUUCGAUCAAACUAAUGAUGUUAACAAAUGCUUUAUUAAUUCUGCAAUGUUUAAUAUACCAUCUCUUUGCGAAUAUUUCCUAUCAAAUGGUGCAAAUAUCAAUGAAGAUAAUGAUGGAAAAACCGCUCUUCAUUAUGCAGCAUGGAAAAAUAGUAAAGAAACAGCUGAAAUUCUUAUUUCACAUGGUAUAAAUUUCAAUAAAAAAGAUGAAAGAGGAAAAACCGCUCUUCAUACUGCAGCAUGGAAAAAUAGUAAAGAAACAGCUGAAAUUCUUAUUUCACAUGGUAUAAAUAUCAACGAAAAAGAUAAUAGUGGAGAAACCGCUCUUCAUACUGCAGCAUGGAAAAAUAGUAAAGAAACAGCUGAAAUUCUUAUUUCACAUGGUAUAAAUAUCAACGAAAAAGAUAAUAGUGGAGAAACCGCUCUUCAUACUGCAGCAUGGAAAAAUAGUAAAGAAACAGCUGAAAUUCUUAUUUCACAUGGCGCAAAAAUAUAA